AUUAACCGUAUUUCACCCUGCAAGAUAUCAAUGUCAGCCUUCAUCAGCCUCUUAGCCAUGGCAGGCGUCAUGGGAGCCGCGGCGUUCGGCGUGGGGCUGCUUCCACUUUCAGUCUCUCUAUCAAAGACGCAUCUUGCACAGAUGUCAACACUCGGAUCUGGCUUGCUUGUUGGCGCCGCAAUCGGUGUGGUCAUACCAGAAGGCAUAGAACACUCAAUAUCGACCGUGUCUCACGAAGGUGCUCCUACUAUCGAGAUACCCACGUUUAAAAUCGCGCUCUUUAUUUUACUUGGGUUCUCUCUAAUGUUCCUUGUGGAACAGCAUUUCUCGUCUCACGACACCCACCAUGGAGCUGUCUUCUCGGCGGACCAGGAUGGCGACCCCAAUAUCGACGAGCUGGAGCUAGAGGAAGGUCCUGCUCGCGCCGGACAGUCGACUCACAGACGAAGCGACUCUCAAGGUGCUUCAUAUAUACCAAGCACAAACCCGCUAUCUCUAGGGCUGCUGAUACAUAGUCUUAUGGACGGAUAUGCGCUCGGUGUGACUGCUUUGGAUCCCAAUUCGCUUCAGCUUUCUCUUGUUGUCUUCCUCGCCAUCAUAGUACAUAAAGCUCCGACUGCCUUGGCUCUCACUAGUACUCUGCUUGCCUCGUCCAUGCCCAUAUCCGAGUGCAAACGACACUUGGCAUUUUUCAGCGCCGCGACGCCCUUGGGGGCCAUCCUUUCCUACACUUUCUAUUCGUUCCUUGCUCCCCCAGGCGGCACGGUGUCCGUAGGCUCGCCUCUUUUAUUCAGUGGCGGAACUUUCCUAUACGUGUCUACCAUGCUGACGUCAGUCUCUGGACACGCCCCUUCUCCCCCCGACGAGAUGAACAAAACGACUCGGACAAUAUUACUCCUCGUUGGAAUGUUCUUCCCGUCCCUGAUCUCCUCUGCCCUGGACCACGGUCAUUGAUUCACUGACAUCAGUAGGCAUGUCAACAUAGAAUCUAGAGCUUUGUUAGCUGGUGCAGUAUGCAGCGUGUUUCCAGGAACAUCAUACAUCUGCCCCACAGACUGAGUAGUAUGUACUACGAUAGGUGUAACAUUCGUAGUGUUGUAUUUUUACAUGAGAAGAACUGUCAAGGCGAGGCAUCGCAAGUUUUAUAGCGGGCGUCGAGACCAAGAGUCGAGGCUCGGAGUCUUAUUAAU